UGUAGUACGAAUCCAGUCAGGGUUGGAACCAUGGCGGUGACCAAGGAGCUCUUACAGAUGGACCUGUACGCGCUGCUAGGCAUUGAGGAGAAGGCGGCAGACAAAGAGGUGAAGAAGGCAUAUAGGCAGAAGGCCCUCUCCUGCCACCCAGACAAAAAUCCGGAUAAUCCCAGGGCAGCUGAACUCUUCCACCAGCUUUCUCAGGCCUUGGAGGUGCUGACCGAUGCUGCAGCCAGGGCUGCUUAUGACAAGGUCAGGAAAGCCAAGAAGCAGGCAGCGGAGAGGACCCAGAAACUUGAUGAAAGAAGGAAGAGAGUGAAGCUUGACCUAGAGGCUCGGGAGCAGCAGGCCCAGGCCCAGGGGAGUGAGGAGGAGGAGGACAGCAGGAGCACCAGGACACUAGAGCAAGAGAUCGAACGCCUACGAGAAGAAGGUUCCCGGCAACUACAGGAACAGCAGAGGCUGAUCCGGGAGCAGAUACGCCAGGAACGUGACCAGAGGUUGAGAGGAAAGGCAGAAAAUACUGAUGACAAAGGAACCCCCAAACUAAAGCUAAAAUGGAAGUGCAAGAAGGUGGAUGAGUCAAGAGGUGGCUACUCCAAAGAUGUUCUCCUGCGGCUUUUGCAAAAGUAUGGUGAGGUUCUCAACCUCGUGCUUUCCAGUAAGAAGGCGGGCAUGGCUGUGGUGGAGUUUGCGACUGUCAAGGCUGCGGAGCUGGCUUUCCAGAAUGAAGUUGGCCUGGCCAGUAACCCUCUGAAGAUUUCCUGGUUGGAGGGACAGCCCCAGGGCACGGCGGGCCCCAGCUACCCAGGCCUGUCAAAGAGGAGCCUUUCAACUCGGCACCUCUAACAAGAGAAGCGAAGAGGGAGGCCACUGAUUCGGGUUGUGGAAGCGGUGUGUGUAGAAGCCUCCCUCUACCCCCUGCCACUCUUGGAGAGCCCCAGGGGCCAGUACCACGUGGCCCAGCUGAGUGCUGCUGGGCUCUUGCUUCAAGCCUUCUGGCCAGGCCACAGG